AUGAUCUAUUUUGAGGAUGAUGGGACCAACGGUGAGGCGGGAAUAGGAAUUUCGACGCACGAGUCUGAGGACGACUUCUGGCAGGAGUUGAUGGAAAUUUGUGGACGAGUACCCAUGGCAAAUCCACAAGACGCGCAGGCGGACGCGCAACCGGGUGAUACUGCGGACUCGAACAUUAUUUACACUUCUAAAUUUACUAACGUUUGCAUCUGCGCGUCAGUCAAUUCCUUUUACACUUUAACAUCCUUGUGA